GCGACCUCAUGUGAGACACCUCCUGCGCGAGCCAGUCCGACGAUACCUCUGCAGAGGAAAACGCAAUGGAUCCCUGAACGUUUUCCAUUUCUAUCUCGAAAACAUUAUUCACAUCCAAACACUGCUUCAUCUGUUGUUUUUGAGACAUAACAGGACAGUGCAACGAUGUGGAUCCAGGUUCGUACGAUAGACGGGAAGGAGACGCGAACCGUUGAGGAUCUUUCGAGAUUGACUAAAAUUGAGUCUUUACGGUUGAAAAUACAGGACAUCUUCAAUGUAAGCCCACAGCAGCAGCGCCUAUUCUACAGAGGGAAGCAGAUGGAAGAUGGCCAGACGCUGUUCGACUACAACGUGGGCCUCAAUGACAUUGUCCAGCUGCUGAUUCGCUCACAAACUGAUGCUCCCGACAGCCCGGCCAUCAAGGACUCCUCUGGUGUUUCCUGUGGUUCAGCUCCUCCUCCCGACUCCAGGUCGGAAAGCCACAACUCCCCAGCACCUGCCUCCCCAGCUGCUAUGGAAACCUCUGCCAGUACGGAGAACGACAGCAGCGACAGCAUCACUACCAGCACUGUUAUUGAAACCAAGCCAGACACCAGCACUACCAGUAAUUCUACCAAAAAUGGGUUUAAGUCCUCCAGUCCGACCCGGGACACCCAGCCCCACACAUCCAGCAGACAUGCACUCAGCGACCCAGGAAUUGGUGUGUACAAGAUCAACGAGCUCGUGGACUGCAGAGACGUCAGCAUCGGUGCCUGGUUUGAGGCCUGCAUUGAAAAUGUGACACUAGUACCCAAAGGACAGAUCACACCCACCAAGGGCAAGGUGGGCCGGCCCCCAAAAAGGACUAAUGGAAAGCUGGAGGCCGAGCUAGGACAGGCCAACGGCCAAGGCCAGACCACAGACAGUAACAGGAAUAAUGUUGUUAUAAGCUCAGAGAGUAAUGGAGCCUCCACCUCUCAGACAGACUCUACAGCAGCUACAGAGACCAAGGACAGAGAAGAGGACGUCAUUUACCACAUUAAAUAUGAGGAUUACCCAGAGAACGGCGUGGUGGAGAUGCGACCCAUGCAUGUGCGGCCGCGUGCCAGAACUCUGCUGCGCUGGGACCAGCUCCAGGUGGGCAUGCAGGUCAUGGUUAACUACAAUAUGGAGACGCCAGACGAGAGGGGUUUCUGGUUCGACGCUGAGAUUCAGAUCAUCAACCAAACAUCCCGCACAAACAAGGAGCUCCGAGUGAAGAUCCUCCUGGGGGGACCAGGCGAUGUAAUCGGGGAUUGUAAAGUUCAGUUCCUGGAUGAAAUCUACCAGGUCGAGAAGCCAGGAGCUCGUGCACUCUCGGCUUCAGAUGGGCAAUUUAAACGGAAGAGCGGGCCUGAGUGUAAGCACUGCAAAGCCGACCCUGACUCUGAGUGCCGCUUCUGCUCGUGCUGUGUGUGUGGAGGGAAGCAGGACGCUCACAUGCAGCUGCUGUGUGACGAGUGUAACAUGGCAUUCCACAUCUACUGCCUCAACCCGCCACUGUCCACUAUCCCCGAUGACGAGGACUGGUACUGUCCCACCUGUAAAAAUGACACCAGCGAGGUCGUAAAGGCAGGAGAGAAGCUCAAAGCCAGCAAGAAGAAAGCAAAGAUGCCUUCAGCAACGACUGAGAGUCAGAGGGACUGGGGAAAGGGUAUGGCCUGUGUGGGGCGUACUAAGGAGUGCACGAUUGUCCCUUCAAACCACUAUGGGCCCAUACCUGGUGUCCCUGUUGGAACCACCUGGAAAUUCAGAGUUCAAGUGAGUGAGGCAGGUGUUCACAGGCCGCAUGUUGGCGGUAUCCAUGGACGCAGUAACGAUGGUGCCUAUUCGCUGGUGUUAGCCGGGGGCUUUGAGGAUGAAGUGGACCGGGGGGAUGAGUUCACAUACACAGGCAGCGGGGGGCGUGACCUCUCAGGAAACAAACGGAUUGGAGAGCACUCUUUUGACCAGACGCUGACACACAUGAACAGGGCAUUGGCCUUAAACUGCGAUGCACCUCUGAAUGACAAAGACGGUGCAGAGUCGAGGAACUGGCGGGCAGGAAAGCCAGUCAGAGUGGUGCGCAGCUCCAAAGGUCGACGCAUCAGCAAAUACGCUCCUGAGGAGGGAAACCGCUACGAUGGUAUUUACAAGGUUGUUAAGUACUGGCCAGAGAUUGGAAAGUGUGGCUACCUUGUGUGGCGCUACCUGCUGAGACGGGAUGAUUUGGAACCAGCACCGUGGACACCUGAGGGACAAGAGAGGAUCAAGAAACUGGGUCUUUCUGUUCAGUAUCCUCCAGGUUAUCAGGUAGCCAUGGCUAACAAAUCAAAAAAGGAGGCCUGUGCCAGACCUGGUCGUGGAGGAGGCCGGGGUAAGCACCAUCACUCGAGGGGGAGGCCACGGAGACAACGCAAGAUCAAAGAGAAGGAGGAGGAUGACGAGGAUGAGGAGGACGAUCUGUCGAUGGCCCCUAUGGAUGAAGAUGAGCUGCAGAGUAAUGGAGAGCAGAAGACCAGCAGAGAUUCAUCACCAGCAGCAGAACCUCCCUCCAAGCGGGUGAAGGUAGAGGAGGCAUUUGAGCUGUCAGAGCAGCAGAAGCAGUUGAUCCAGGAGGACACAGCCAACAAGAAACUCUGGGAUGAAGCCAUGGAGAACCUUAAAGAGGGGCCGAAUUUCCUGCGUAAGAUGGAGCAGAUCUUCAUGUGUGUCUGCUGCCAGGAGCUGGCCUUCCAGCCCAUCACCACCGCCUGCUCGCACAAUGUUUGCAAGAGUUGUCUCCAGCGGUCGUUCCGAGCGCAGGUUUACACCUGCCCCGCCUGCCGUCACGACUUGGGCAAAGACUACAUCAUGAUCCAAAACGUGACACUCCAGCUGCUGCUCGACCAGUUCUUUCCCGGCUACAGCAAAGGCCGAUGAGGACGAAAACACAUUUAUGAGUAGAAAAACGUACAGACACGCACAUCCAUUCUGUGCACCCACGUAUUCCGGCAAGUACCUAGAGCUCCACUUUAAACCGCAUCGCGCACACAUACUGUACUUAACCACGGGAUAAUGUAUAUUGCAUAUACAGCCAUGUCUAUGUAUACAAUCAUUCAUACACACACCACCUCAGUAGGAACUGACCUCAUCUUGUUGAACUUGGACUGUCUCCAUUAACAUCACCAGCCUGAAAUUUACAAAGGACGCUUUUUAUCCUCCUUCUUCUGACCCAACAGCGCACAAAAAGCUCACAUCCACCACCUCCGUUUUUUAAGCUUUUAUUGUUCACUUCUUUCUGCCCCUGUGUUGUUCAGUGGUUUUAAAUUGGCGUUGAAAUUAGUCAUUAGACUCCUGCCAACCUGCACACAUUUUCUGUACCAUACACAAAGUGUUUAAUUCAGCAGGCCAAUUAUGGGAUUGCUUAAUCAGGUGAUUUAAGCACAGCAGGGCUGAUCGUUUUACAAGGUUACUGAAGACACAGAAGAACAACAUGUAAAAGGUCAUAAAGCUUAGAUAUGCCAAUGCAGGUGUUACUGAUAAGCAACUAAAUAGGGAAAACCAACAAAACAUGUAAAAGAAGCACAGUGUUUAAUUUUUAAGCACUUUGAUUAUAAGCAGCAGCCUUUUUUAGGUUUAGGUUAAUGAGGAGCACGCUGCUUUUUCAUGAUAACAUUUUAAUGACUUGAGCUAGUAAGAAUAGCUAAUAUCUCACCAGAGGGAACUAUGGAUCUUAAAAAAUCAGUAGGUUUGUCCUCUUUAAGGAGAGUUUCUGGAGAUUCUUUGAUCCAGAUUUUUAUACACAACAAUGUUAGAGAGGCACACGUCUCUCUUUAAGGGUUUAGUUGUUGAAGUAUUUACUUCAUAACCAUACUAAACAAAUGAUCCUGUUGAGCAAGUACAGAAAUGUUUAGAGUUAGAAAUCAGGCUUACCACUUAUUUUGUACCAAACAGGAUCUCACUCAGGUGUUAGUUUACCUGAGUGAGGCACCUUAAAGUAAAAAAAAAAAAAAAAAGAAAAAAAAAACUUGCGUUCUAUUACACGUGUUUUUCAAAACUCUUGGCACUUUGAUACUUUUAGAUACUGGAUGUUUUAAGAGAAUGUAAUUUAUUCUUUUAAUGAUCUAUACUAGUGAAAAAAGUAGGGCUGUCAAGAUUAAUCGAGUUCAUCUCAGUUAAUCAAGGUUCACAAUUAGUUCACUAUUUUUUUAAUCUAAUGCUUUAUCCCUCUUUCAACACACUUUGGUUAAAGGGGACAUAUUUUACUCUUUAAAGACAAGUUUAUAUUGGUCACAGAGAGAUCCCCAAAACAUGCCUGUGAAGU